AUGCUGACGGUGCCGCCGAAGCCGGACAUGGGCGAUUUCGCCUUCCCGUGCUUCACCCUGGCCAAGAAGUGGCGCAAGGCCCCGCCGCUCAUUGCGCAGGAGAUCGCGGAAAAGGCGUCCGGGGACCUGGACCUGCUAUGCGGCGCCAAGGCCCUCGGCGGCUACGUCAACCUGUCGGUGGACCGCGCCCGCUUCGCGGAUGCGGUGCUGCGCGAGGCGACCUCCGCGGCGAGGCGUACGGCCGCGUGCGAGGACGGGGCCGGCCAGACCAUCGCCAUCGACUACUCCUCCCCGAACAUCGCCAAACCCUUCCACGUGGGCCACCUGCGCUCCACCAUCAUCGGCGGGGCGCUGGUGCGGAUCUUCGAGGUCCUGGGAUACAAGGUCAUCGGCAUCAACCACGUGGGCGACUGGGGCACCCAGUUCGGCCGGCAGAUCGCCGGCCUGAUGCGGUUCGGAAAGCCCGAGGACGCCGACGACCUGAUGAGCCUCAACCGCCUCUACGUCAAGUUCCACGAGGUGGCGGACAGCGACCCGGAGCUGGUGGAGGAGGCACGGGAGUGGUUCCGUCGCCAGGAAUCGGGAGACCAUGUGGCGCUGGCGCUUUGGCGCCGCAUCCGCGACACCAGCCUCGACUACUUCAAGCGGAUCUACGAACGGCUCGGCGUGCGCUUCGACUCCUACACGGGAGAGUCGUUCUUCAACGACAAGAUGGACGUGGUCAUCGAAGAGGCCCGAGCCAAGGACUUGGCCACGGUCUCCGACGGCGCCCUCAUCAUCGACCUGUCGGAAGAGGGCAUCGACACGCCCGCCCUGCUGGAGAAGGCCGACGGCACGACGCUCUACCUUACCCGGGACGUGGCCGCGGCCAGGUACCGCCACGACACUUACGGCUGUGACCGCAUCGUGUAUGUCGUGGCCAGCGGCCAGUCGCUGCACUUCCGGCAGCUCUUCACGGUGUUGAAGAUGCUCGGGCACGCGUGGUCCGAGGACUGCGUGCACGUGAACUUCGGGCUGGUCCAGGGCAUGUCCACCCGCAAGGGCAACGUCAUCUACCUGGAGGAGUUGCUGGACGAGGCCCGGGACCGGGCGCUGGCGUACAUGCGCGGUCAGAUCGAGAAACGGCUGGAGCUCGAGGACGAGGAGACCGUGGCCGAGGCCGACUAUCGUUUCGAUUGGGACCUUGCCAUCUCCUUCGAGGGCGACACCGGCCCCUACCUCAUGAGCGCCCACGCCCGCAUCGCCGGCAUCCUGCGCAACUGCGGACUCGAACCGGACCCCGAUGCCGGCGUGAGCCCGCUGGUGGAGCCCGAGGCCCAUCGGCUGUACGAGCCUUCGGUGCUGGCCAACUACCUGCUGGAGCUGGCCCGGGGCCUGCACGCCAGCUACACGGUGUUGCGGGUCAAGGGCGAGGAAGCGGGCAAGGCGCAGGCCCGGCUGCUGCUGUUCACCGCGGUGAAGCAGGUGCUCCGGAGCGGCCUGACCAUCCUCGGGAUCCGGCCGUUGGAGCGGAUGUAG